AUGGAUUUUACCAUGGCAAUGGUAACCUAUUCUUUCAAUAGGCUUUAUGAAUCACCAAAAGCUCAUCCGACACCAGAACAAAAACUACAGAGCCCAUGGAAAUGGAUGGAAGUAGGUUCUUAUGAUGAACUACAAGAAAUUCGCGGUAAUCUUGCUUCAAGAUUUAACCAAGCUAGCAAUGAUCACCCAGAUCACUUAAAUACAUCUGGCAGUCUAUCAUAUGCGAAUCGACGCUAUUCGGAUCUUAGUCAGGUUUCGCGAUCAACUGCACGCUUAUCAAAGAAAGCGUUUACUUCGCCUCCUUCUAUCAAAAUUCAUGGCAAAGGAAGUGGAUUAUCGCCAAGAGGUAGUAUAGAGAACUUAAACGAUGGUGGAUCACGACUUGGUUUAAGAAGACCUAAUCUAACGACGAAGCAGACUCUGCAAGUUGGUACUCCAGUUGCACAGAGUCGUCAAUUUAGCCGAUCUACUAAUGAUGUUUCAGGUGAUGCUAACAAUAAUAAUUCAGCAAUGAUCAGAUUUGGUACCUUCAGACGUUCGUCAGAUGUACCACCCCGUACCCUGAAUGCUUCUUAUACUAAUCUUCAUAAAGCUGAUUCUACAUCACUUUUAGCGCCAAACCCCAUUACAAAAUCAGCCAUUGCUAGAUCAUCCCCCUCCAUCCCCCGUGGUAAAUCCGGAAUUACACCCCCACGUCGUCAAGGAAUUCCCCGGACAGUCCAACAAACACCCAAAGCUCAAGAGCAAGAAGACGAUUUCGAAUAUUAUUAA